CCACAGUAGCAGCAGCCAUCCGCAUCAAGCAGCUUUCAUUCAGUGAGUUGUCGGAGCACCGAGAACAACAGACUACCUCCGUCUGUCCUGUGAUGCUGCACAGCAAUGGGACAAAGGAAACAAAAAUAAAAAACAAGAGCCAUAAAAGCAAUAUCAACAUGGGAUCCUAAUUUAUGGGAACUCUCCACCUCAAUUUCUUUCUUAUUAGUAACACGUUCAUGUGUAAUCUGGGAUAUUUAUUGUGAAUUAAUCACUCUGUAGCGUUCUGUAGAGCUGAAGGGAGGGGAUGUUCUUGUGUGCUGACAAGAAGAUACCACUACAUCCACGACAUCACUGUUUAGUGGCUUGUGAGGACAUUGUGGCUCUGAUGCUGUGCUGUGAUAGAGGUUUCCUGUGACAGAACAGCAUUGCUGUAAAUAGAAAUAUGGAAUAAAACAUGCACAUGACUAGAGGGGUUCGGGGCUGUCUCUGUGUCCAGCCCUGCAGCAGCUUCACCGUGUCCUCGUGUGGCACUCGCCACUGACUGACUUGCAAGCACAGCCAGGACCCGACUGAACCUCAGAGUCAAGCUGCACCAUGACUUCGUUGGACCACGAUGAAACGGGCAGUGACCUGUCCGAGUCUCUGGAGAUCCGCGAGCUCCAGGAUCAGUACAAUGACUCAGAGAACUGCUUUAAGUCGAAAAGCUUACCCAUCCUCAUUGAACCCUGUCAGGUUACGCAGCCACAACUGGUCAACACGACCAAAACUUGUGUGGCCAUGGAAGGAAGUGGCGAGCUCCAGCUGAAAACCCCAGCCUCGAGCCAAGCAGAGUCACCCUCAUCUAGGACAGACUUCUCCCCUUCUGUCUGCAGCAUGGUGGGACUCAGCAGCUCUCUGCCUGUAGACGGCCACAGGGCCAGUCGGUCUGGAGGCAACAAACUUGGUUUCUCUCUCACCCGCCUUAUUCACAUUCCAGCCAGGAAGUAUGUGCAGGUCAUCCUGAGGGAUUCCCGCUGCUUCCUGUUCUGCAUGUGCUAUCUGACCUUCAUUCAGUCCCUGAUGGUUUCAGGCUACCUGAGCAGUGUCAUCACCACCAUCGAGAAGCGGUACAGCCUCCGCAGUUCAGAGUCCGGCCUGCUGGUCAGCUGUUUCGACAUCGGCAGCUUGCUGGUGGUGGUCUUCAUCUCCUACUUUGGUGGCAGGGGUCAGAGGCCACGCUGGCUGGCUGUGGGUGGUGUGGUCAUCACCAUCGGGGCAGGGUUGUUCUCCCUACCUCACUUCAUCUCGCCACCUUAUCAGAUCCAGGAGAUGAAUUCAUCAACUGGUCGCGAAGGUCUCUGUCAGAGCGGCAACAACAGUGGCCGAGAACUGCUUGACGCCGCGUCCUGCCCUCGCGACCAGGAGGGCAACGAGCACAACCUGUACGUGGCUCUGUUCAUCUGCGCCCAGAUCCUCAUCGGUAUGGGGUCAACGCCAAUCUACACACUGGGGCCCACCUACCUGGACGACAAUGUGAAGAAAGAAAACGCAUCCCUCUACCUGGCCAUCAUGUACGUGAUGGGAGCUCUGGGACCUGCAGCUGGUUACCUGCUGGGUGGCGUCCUCAUCGGCUUCUAUGUCGACCCCAAAACUGUAGUGAACAUCGACCAGAGUGACCCUCGCUUUGUUGGCAACUGGUGGAGUGGCUUUCUCUUGUGUGCCAUAGCCAUGCUGCUGGUCAUCUUCCCCAUGUUUGCCUUCCCCAAAAAGCUGCCUCCCCGCCACAAAAAAAGGAAGAAGAAAAAGAUUGGCUCACCGGGUGAUGUGUCCAGUGAUGACGACAUGAUGAAGGAAAAGUCCAGGAGCAAAGGCCAGAACGUCUCCUCCUCCAUGGGCUUUGGGAAGGACAUCAAAGACCUCCCCAAGGCAGCGCUGAGGAUCCUCAGCAACGUGACCUUUCUGUUCGUCAGUCUGUCGUACACGGCUGAGUGCGCCAUCGUCACUGCCUUCAUCACCUUCAUUCCAAAAUUCAUUGAGUCACAGUUUGGUAUCCCCGCCUCCAACGCCAGUAUAUACACUGGUGUGAUUAUUGUACCCAGCGCCGGGGUGGGCAUCGUGCUGGGGGGUUACAUCAUCAAAAAGCUGAAGCUCGGUGCCAGAGAAUCGGCCAAGUUGGCCAUGAUCUGCAGCGGCGUGUCACUGCUCUGCUUUUCCACACUCUUUAUAGUGGGCUGCGAGAGCAUCAAUCUAGGAGGCAUCAACAUUCCUUACACCACCGGUCCGACCUUGACGAUGACCCACAGGAACCUGACGGGCAGCUGCAACGUGAACUGUGGCUGCAGAAUCCACGAGUACGCGCCCGUCUGUGGCUCCGACGGCAUCACCUACUUCAAUCCCUGCCUGGCUGGAUGCAGCACUGUGGGCAAUGACAGCACUGGGAUUCGGAACUACACCGACUGCGGCUGCGUGCAGAGCAAACAGGUCAUCACUCCGUCCUCUGGUAACCAGGUCAACCAGCUGCAGCUGGUCAUCGUGAAAACCUACCUGAACGAGAACGGCCACGCCGUGUCGGGGAAGUGCGACCGCACCUGCAACACGCUCAUCCCUUUCCUUGUCUUCCUCUUCAUCGUCACCCUCAUCACUGCCUGUGCUCAGCCCUCCGCCAUUAUCGUCACACUCAGGUCUGUUGAUGAGCAAGAGAGGCCUUUUGCUCUCGGGAUGCAGUUCGUCUUGCUCCGAACUCUUGCCUACAUCCCCACACCCAUCUACUUUGGCGCCGUGAUCGACACCACGUGCAUGCUGUGGCAGCAGGACUGCGGCGUCCACGGCUCCUGCUGGGAGUACGACGUCACCUCGUUCCGCUUCGUCUACUUUGGCCUGGCUGCCAGCCUCAAGUUCGUCGGCUUCAUCUUCAUCUUCCUCACCUGGUAUUCGAUCAAGCACAAGGAGGACCGCGCCGAGCGCUGGCGCCAGCAUCUGCCUCCGCUGGGCACCGUCAGCGAGCUGAUCUGCCACGUCGGGGGCCACAAGAGCCACGCUCGCACCCGCUCUUGUCCCGUGUUCAUCCCGCCCCGGGCCGAACCGCCGGCCGCGCUGCUGCUCAACCGCCACCACAGCAGCCUCAGUUGUCCCGGCAAUGCCCUCAAAGCAAUAACCCCACCCAUCCUGUUGCCACAGCACCACAGAGGCUCCGCCCAUGUCUGAGAGCACACCAUUGUGACAUGUGCCUUUUUGUGUCCCCCGCUGCUGUGGGACUGAGAGGCAGAGACGGACGCAGGUACACCCCCCGCCCACCACACGUCAAAGGGCUGCUCAUUGUCGUUUAUAAGAACAGGAAAAAGGACCGACAUCAUCAGCCGCAGCCACACACACAAAUUCAGAAGGUCACACCUCUCUACUCGUAAAAAGGAUCGGACGAUGUAAAGACAUCACAUGGUGCUACCUUUAAAAAUGGCAAAGGCAUUAAAAUUCUCCGUACAGACAAACGAGUCAUGAUCGACGUUUAAAGCACAACAGACAAACCUGUACUAUGCAAGAUCCAGUGUACAGCUCCUCUCUUGUCAGUACUGUACAGCUCCCUCUGUAUUCUACACCUGUACCUCUCUUCUUCUUCUUCUUCUCCUCCUCUGAUCAGCUCACACAUCCACGGUGUCGUCAUCUCAUUCAGAUUAAGUUUUUAUUUACAGUCUGUGAACAUAUCUCUCUUCUAUUUGAGACUUUUCUGCUCUGUCUGGUUAAAACGUAUUUCAGAAAUGACAAAAAUUAGAUUUUUUUCUUCUCUCUCCAUUUUUCUUUUCUUUUCUUUACGUUAUGUUUCGUUACUGAACAGUGCCUCUCGGGCUGCCUGGGCCAGUCCAGUAUACAAAGCUAGUAACCAGGGUAAAUACUAGCUGCUGAAAAGCCAGUCACUCUCCUCUCAGUUGCACAACGGUAUUGUGCUUUGUUUCUCUUUAGCUUUUUCAGUUACUGCACCUGGUGGUCAAAGACUCUCCCUAGGCAAAGUAACCAUGUAGCCCAAAGCCAACGAGCACCAAUAACACAGUGUAUAACCACACGAUAAUUUAUAAUAAGUCUUCUCAUUGUGCAGCACGACUGUACUUCAUUAUACUUUAUAAGUCAAAUGGUAAACAGGAGAAAGUACCAGAGCAGUGUGUCGCCUCUGACCAUGUGCUGAAGCUACUGUGUGUCCUAAAGAUGUGAGCUUCCCCAAAACUGGGAAGGAAGCAAUUUUAAAAAAAAGAAAAAGCCGUUUUAACAACAAAUCUGAAUCCCGUUUAAAAAUGUUUUAAGUAAAGUCAUUUGUAGCCUAUUCUAGUAUUGUUAUAUCUAUUGCAACAUCAUAAAGAUGCAUCAUAGUGUCGUAAUGGCUUCUCCAUUUUUAAUGGUCAUCCGAUGUACAUAGUAGUUAACUAAUUGUCUAGGCUUUAAAGUAAAAAAAAAGAAAUGAAUAAGAAAGUAGUGCUACAAGCAUGAAAAACAAGGAUCCCAUUUUUUAAAAAAACACAAAAAAGCAAGAGUAAACUGAGGUUUGUAAUUCAGUUACUGGGUGUUGAGGGCCCUCUAGUGGACAAAGAAACGAUUGUGUUAAGGCCAGUGAGUAUUAUGUCUGUCAGACCUACUGAACUAGUUUGAAAAGUUGAUUAUUAUUAUUGAUAAAUUAUGCACUGAUUUUAGCACUCCAGGUUCCUACACAUGUAGAAGGAAAAUGUGACCUGUUUCCUUCAGCAGCUUACUCUGCAACUAACGAUUAUAUUGUCAUGAUUCUGUUGAUCUGUUAAUCUGUUGAUUCUUUUCUUGGUUAAGCUAUUCAUUUUUUGAUUCGUAAAACAUGAGAAAAAUGUAUAACACAAAACAAAACAUGGAUUUUUGUUUCCCAAUGUCCUCAAAUGUGUUGUUUUUGUCCACAAACCAAAGAUCUUGUGUUUACUGUCGUAGGGGAACAAAGAAAGAAACCAGAGAAGCUGAAAUGAAAUGAUAGAAACUCAAACUGCUAUGUAUCAAGUAAGUGUUGCAGCUCUGUUUUACUGACCGUGUGACUUCAUCUAGUUUUUAAAUUUUUUAUCUGCCGUGCGAGUCACGGGUCAGAUUCAUGUGAACAGUCGUGUUGACACUGGUUGCUUGAGCCUUAACUGUGACGUUUUGAUGCCAUGUUUCAAAGAAGAUCCUUUUACCUCGGGCUCAUGUUAAAACAAAAAUGAUAUGAUAUGAUAUGAUGUGUUAAUUUCCUGUUGAUGAAAGAGGGGGCUAAUUUUGCCCUCGUCUGUGUUUAAAAAUUUAGAAAUAUUAAGUGCAAACAAUAAAUAAAAAUGUGCCACAUUGUUUAAAAUCAA